UUCCCUUCCUCUUCCCCUUCUCUAUUCUUUUCCUUCUCCAAUACUCGUCUCAUAGAUCUCGAUUUCUAUUGAGGCAAUUUCUCCACAAUCACUUACUUCCUCUCUCUACAGCAUAUACCGCUCCUCUCGCAAAACCCCCUCCAUCCGGAUCGAGACCAUCUCAUUCACAGACGGGAAGACGACCCACCGGGGAAAGGAGGCUGUCCUCCAUACCAACCAGUCUUGAGGCUGUCUCCUCCAUGGAGCGAGAGUUAGUAUACCUCCUCUACUCGGAUUCUCCUCCUUUCUUUUGCGACUCCGUUCCUCGCCGUCAUCGCCCCUUCAAACGUCAUGAACGACCCCGACUCCCCCCACGGGGUGUCGGACGAGCUCGACCAUAGCGAUCCAUCCUUGACAGACCUUCACGUCCGCACGCUUCCCGAUGAUCUGCCUAAGUCCUUGGAUGACCGCCGUUCUAUGCCAGUCCUACAGCACGAGACGGAGAUGUACGAUGCCUGGCAAGGUCAGUCGCAAUUCCUCACUACCCCCGUAGCCGCCAAACCCUUAAGCUUCAGCCUCACGCUCGAUGAUCACACGCAUGACGAGGAACAUGCCCUUCAAGCUCAGUACGGACGCGGUCUUGCCGCGGCCGCCAUAGACGACGACAACGAAUCUACAAUCACAGCUCGCCUCGAGGAUAGCGAUGCCCGGUUGAUGGAGAUGCUUGCUGCGCAAGCGGCACACCGGGAAGUGGAUUCGCUCGGUGCGGACGAAGAUGCCAUCGCCUCCGAUGAAAAGCUGACUGAAGCGGAGAAGCGGGACAUCCUACAGCGGAGCUUGAAUAUGGCGGCGAGUAAUGGCGACGUGGAACGUGUUCGCAGGCUGGUGCAAGGGCAAGCAAAAGACUACGUAGAUGUCAACAUGCCAGAUGAAGAGGGCACAGUACCCCUUAUCUACGCUAGCUGCUUUGGACAUCAGGAUGUCGUGUCGGCCCUGCUUGAUGCGGGGGCCCUUGUCGACCAGCAGGACCGCAAUCAGUGGAGUGCCUUAAUGUGGGCGAUGACCAACCGACAUAAAACAAUAGCGAAAAUUCUCCUCGACCACGGCGCAUCUCCGGACAUCAAAUCCUCAUCAGGUGGGACGGCUUUUGACUUUGCCCAGCCGGGAAGUGAGAUCUCAGAGUACCUGCACGAAAAUGGAUAUCAUUUUGGACCGAGCGCCAUCGAAGACGACUUCUAUGACUCCGGGUUCGGCCAUGGUCGCUUCGAGGAGGAGAUUGCAGAGAACGAAAUGAAGCGGCGUAUGAUGAUGGAAGAGAGUGCGAUCAACCUCGAGGUAGACCUGUCGAGCCUAGGGCUGGACGAGAAAUUUGACUCGCAAGACGACGAUGAUUUGGAAGAAGAGCAACAAGAGUUCGUUUGGGACCGGUGCUUGAACGACCAGAUGUUCGUCUUCCAAGACAAUGAGCUCGAAAAAAUACUGAAUAUCAUCAUCACGAACAUGACGCCCCAGCGAUCACCCUCACAGAAGCCGGUGCCCGCCAACCUUUUAUUCCUCAGCGCUCGUUACGCUCAUUAUCACGCCAGCCCCGAACUGCUGGCCACUCUUUUGGUCUCCGCGACCGAUAAAAUCAACGACGUUGUGGAGCGCCAUCAAUGGGACAUGACAAUCCUGGCCUUCUGGAUGUCGAAUGCGACUCUUUUGCUUCAUUAUUUGAAGAAGGAUGCCGGUUUGGUAGAAGCCACGGUGGAAUUCCAGCUUCACCUGGCCGAGUUGAUCAAUGAGAUCUUCAUUCUGAUCAUUCGCGAUGCUGAGCGUCGCAUGAAUAAGGUUCUCGACUCGGCCAUGCUCGAUCACGAGACAAUUCCGGGCCUGGAGGAUGUACACUUCCAGAAUGAAUGGAAGCUAUUUCGACCCAAAUCCAAGGCCAAAGCCCCCGAGCCGGUGGAGAAGCGCUUCCGGCCACCAUCUCCGCGACGGCGUGCGCAGGUCUCGCCGCGCAAUAUCACGUCCCUUCUAUCAUCAACCCUGUUUGUCCUCGAUUUGUACGAUGUUCACUCGGUGAUCAUCACUCAGAUCAUCUCUCAGCUUUUGUACUGGGUGGGCGCUGAGCUUUUCAAUCGAAUCAUGAGUACCAAACGCUACCUGGCCCGCACGAAAGCGAUGCAGAUUCGCAUGAACGUCUCCACGCUGGAAGAUUGGGCCCGGAACAACAAUCGGCAACCGGAACAUUACGAGAACGGCUCGACAUCCAGCACGGGGGAGUGCACUAUGGACGCUGCGCGCAAGCAUCUCGCCCCGGUGAUCCAGCUCCUGCAAUGGCUGCAGUGCUUCUCCUCGCUGGGAGAUGACUUCGAGUCGCUAGUGACGACGCUCCUUCAACUGCAGCAACUAACCCCCGCCCAACUUCUGCAUGCGGUCAAGUCGUAUCGGCCAGAGGUUGGAGAAAAAGGACUGACCAAGCAAGCGAUGAAAUUUCUUAUUGAGCUGCAGCGCGACCCGGAACUGCUUUACCGGGAGCAUGCCAAGCUUCAAGCGGCCCAGCAGCAACGAGGUGCGGCGCAGGCGGCAGCCCCUAGCGAUGGAGGACGUCCUCAGACGCCCCCGGCGACGACAACGACGGGCGAUGCGGCCACCUCUCCUAACGCCUCGACGCGCGCCUCGGUGGCAUCUCCAGGAUCUAGUUUCGCAUCUCCACGGCCGGCCCUGAUGGAGGAGCGAGCCGGCAGUCAUGGGGUGUUUUUAGAUCCGUCUUUGACCCUCCCCUUCUCCUUACCCACCAGCACGGAUAUGUUGAUAAGCUACGGGGCUGGAUGGGGAGGUACUAACCGCGAACGGGCGCGUAAAUACAUUCCCACAGUACCGCCGGAGGUACUCAGUCGAUUCGAUCGCGACGGGUGAGGAUCACAAAAAAGCGCAUUGGGUGAGUGCGAAGCCGUCCAGCUUUGUGAAUCGGGAUACCCUGGGAUUACCUUCUUCGAGUAUAUACAUUUUAUCUAAGCCUUUUCUUUAUUCCGUCCCUACGUGGCGUUACUCAUGCACUUGUCUGUACUGAGUAGGAGUAGCUGAUAAUGAGUAGCAUGACAUGCCAAGCGGUCCCUUGGAAGCGGGUUGCGUAAGGCCGUCAGAUUGAGUAGCAAAGGGAGAUGGGGAUGAGCAGUGGAGUUACUGAAACGGGCCAGGCCGGUUUACAGAGAGAUUUGGCCAAUCUAGACGAGGCACGCCGAGAUACUAAGAGAAACCGCAUGUCUCGAAUGGGCGGAUAUCGGAUAGGAUUU